GUGGCCUCCCAGGACGGCCACAGAAACAAACCUCCUAAACUGUCAAGUGCGGUGUCCCCAGGGGGAGCCUCCCUGCGGGGCCUUUGGGCUCUCCAGGCCCAGCCCCGUCUCCAUCAGGACGAGAGACCCUCCCCCGCCCCCAAAUCCCAGACCCCGCGGGGCAGGAGUCCGGGGCCCACGUGUGCCGCUGACAACUGUGCUGGGAGCCGGGCAGCCCACGGGCUCGGGCGCACUCGCUCAGGGAACGAAAAGAGGCAGAUGGCUCGUGGGCAGGCUGGUCGCGCCACCCGUGCGGGCGGGCGACGCAGACUUCGUGCAGCCUCCUCCGCACGUAUCGGGAGACGCCACGGGAAGAACCGGCCCGGGAGAGGGGCCUCCAGGAUCUCAGCGAAGCCAUCGUCCUCCAGGAAGCCCUCCGCCAUCAGGCUGCAUCAGCCCCUGCACUGCCCUCCCCCUCGCCGGGACCCCUGCCACGGGGACAGCCCUCUGGCUCGACCACCAGCCUCUGGCUCUGUGAGCACAGCCCUGGGGCCACACCACGCCCCGGGACCCGGGGCCAAGCCUGAGCUCUGCACCCCGACCUCAGCUCCCUUGAAGGGAGAGGCUGGAGGCCAAACCCUGUCCGAGGCCUCUUCCAGCUCUGGGGGUGGAGAGCUCCGUCCUGGAGCUGCCGUGCAGCUUCCCCAGAGCCCGCCCGUUUCUGGAACUCUCGGAGUGCAGGACCAGGCGUGCAGAGGGUCAGCUCCGCGGGAGCCUCCAGUGCGAUCAAAGGCACAAGAGCCACUUCAUGGGAAAAAAUUGAAUCCAGCCCAGCGGGGAAGCGAGGCGCUGUCUUAUUCCAGUAUGCCCGGUGCCAAGUCAAUUUACAGGGAGCGACACACUUCUGGCUGGAGGACAGAGCCGCGGACGCUCAGGGCGGGGCUGUGGCCGAUCCCAGGCGGGAGCCCGCAGGCCGGACCAAGCCCUGGCCACUGUGCCUCUCGGAAGCCUUGUCCACGCUCUGCCCGCGGCCAUGGUGACCCAAGCUUGGGGAUGGCACUACCCGCUUCCUCGAGGUGCCUGCUGCCGACCGGGGGACAGCCCAGUGAGUUGCAGGCACAGGGCCAGCACGACGAGUUCUGGCCGUGGUCUGAGCUUGUGCCUGUGGUGGAUGAGCUGACCUUGGCAGAGGCCACGCAGAGGGCACAUUUGACCCUCACAACAAACACUGCUCCUGCCAGCUUCGCAGGUGGGACACUGAGGCUCAGAGGCCCGGCCACUCCGGGAGGUUCUCUGUUCAUUCAUUCAUCAGACAUUUUUGUGUGCCUGGAAGCCGUGUCCGGGCCGGGGCCCGGGGCCUGGGUAGAGCAGACGGCCCCCACCCCCGUGGGCUGCAUCGGGGCAGGCAGCAUGGGACGUACACACACAGCUCUGUUAUUACCUCGAGGCCACAGGGAGUAAGGUCGGGUGCGGGCAAAGCAGAUGGGCCUGGAUCUAAGCCCAUCCUGGGGCCGAGAAACUGCCCUAGGGAAGCGAUGGAGAGAUCGCAGGAGCCCUGAAGGCCAGAGAGGCCAGCAGCUAAGGGGAGGGCAGAGGGACGUGAGAUGGGGCAGGGGGACGCCAGGCGGUGACAGCCAGGAUGGACCUCAGAGCUCCACAGCCAGGAAGGAAGUCCCGGCGGCUGCUGCACCAGGAAGGGACCAGGAGUGCGGGACGGGGACACCCUGGACCUGGGCUGGAGUGGCAGGCGGCUAGAGACAAGGGGCAGAUGUGCUGGGUGCCCCCUGGGGAUGGGUUGGGGGAGGGGAAUGCGGACCCACCCCUGCACCACCAUCGCCCCCGGAGAAGAGGGGCCCCGAGCUGCUCAGGCUCACAUGCACCGAGUGCUCCCCGCACCGUCCUCCAUCGGCCUUCUGCACAGGACGGCCCGGGGCUGCCCCAGGCUCUGUGACCCCAGGCCGUCUCCCGGCGUGCCCCCCGCCUGCUUCCAGGAGGACCCCCUGUCCGCCCCACCCACGGACCCGCUCCGACUCACGUCUUGGGCCCCCUCUCAGGUGGGAGGAGCGGCCUCCUCUGACCUCUGGGGCUUCUUUUUCUCACGGAGGACUUAGGACCGCGCUGGGGGCACCUCGCCUCCUCCCUCCCAUCCCCCCCCCAAUCCCAGCCGCAGCUUCCUGGCCGGGACCACCUCCAGGCCCUGCUGUCUGCGCCCCACCUCACGCCCCAUCUCAGCCACCGCCCCCCACCCCGUGAACCUCGGCCCUGUUCCCACCCGUCUCCCCUGCCUGACCCCUGCAAAGAAAACAGACGGCCCCUCGGCCGGGGAGUGGCCCCAAGGCUUCCCGGGUGAACCACAAACACAGACGCAGGCUCCCGAGGGCGCAGGAACCGGGGUUUUCACCGGGCGCCUGGGUCACGCCCAUGAGAGCUGGGGCUGAGGGACACAGGGCCGAGGGCAGACCCGGGAGACCCGGGCGCAUGCAGGCCGUUGGGGUCCCAGACUAAAAGGCACGGGGAGGGCAGGGCAGAGCUGGCCACCUGCCCUGGGCCCGCCCCACUCCUGACCUGCGCCAUCAGGGGCUGCUUCGGCCGCCCUGGCCCACUGCCCCCGGGCCCCCAUUUCCGUGUGGACAAGCAUGCACCCGCACACUCCCACUGGGGCCUCCUGCACGCCCGCACCCUCCUCCCCGCCCCAUCCCCAGGCCACGCGGCCUCCGUGGGUGGGCUCUCAGCGCCCCCUCGUGGGCAAACACAGGCUGACCGGUUGCCAGAAAUCCUGGGCCGAGGCCGGCUGUGCCCGCCCCGCACCCCCCCACCCCCCCGGCUGCCCCACACAGGGAGGGGCCCCAGAAGACUGAGGGAAGGUGGGGACGGUCUCGGCAGGGGUGGGAUGGAGCUCACAGCGGGUGGAGGUUGGGAGUCCUGAGUGGGGGGUGACCCCCGAGGCUCCCACCCACGGCAGCCGUGAUUCUGGCAUUUUAGGGCCCCGGGGGCCCCAGGGUCAUUGUUCACAUGUUCAUUUAAGCCGCAUUUUACGGAGAACCCAUGGUGCCAAGACCUCCAUCGGGGACCAGGCUCAGUGGCCUUGCUCAUGGAACACCAGUAUGAGGGAGACAGAGGUGUGAGCUGAGCUGUGUGGUCGCCCUGGUCGAGAGGCUCACGGGGCCCCACGGGAGCCCCCAUGGGGGGAGUCCAUCCCGUCCAAACCAGGUCAUUGGGAGGGGGGGACACACCAGGCUAGGGGGGCUGCAGGGAUCGGGGGCAGGACCAGUGGUCAGCAUCAUGGGAGUGAGCAGGGAGGGACACUCACUCUGGGAGGCUUGGGGGUGGGGAGCUGCAGGGUUCUGAGCAGAGACUGACGAGGCCAGACUGAGUUCAGGAGAGGACUCUGGUGGCCUGGGGAGGCUCACCGCGGGGGAGGGGACAGUCAUGGCGCCCAGGGCUGGUGGGGCACAACCCGGGGCAAUAGGGUGGGCAUAGCAUGCUGUGACGGGCAGGGGCGGGGGGUGGGGACAGCAGUGGGGACCCCGGGCCAGGGCAGGAGCCGCAGGCGAGCUCUCAGGGAGGAAGAGUUGGGGUCAUUCGGGUGGCCUGGGGGAGAGGCCCAGGACCCUAGGGCCCCGGCUUGGGCCCAGUGGGGCCUCACAGCCCCACCUCCUGCUGCCGUCACUCUCUCUGACUCGAAGCAGAGACCCCGAGGGCACGGGCUCAGCUCUGCAGUCCACACGCUGCGGCCCCAGCACCUGCCUCCGCACCCCGGCAGGAAAGCAGAGGAGGCGUCGUGUACCGAAAGCAUGAGAGCAGCUGAGGUUGGUGUGAGCCCGCCCCCGGGAGCGCGUCCGGUGGAAUGUGGGGGCGGGGUUCUGCCGGGACACCGUCAGGGAGGGAUCU